AUGUCUUCCGCGCAGAGGAGCGUUCUCCAAGGCGGUGCAGCCGCUGGGCUGCGGCAGGUGAGCGCGAUAGACCUGCAGCGGAUCACCGCCAUUUUGGAUGCAUGCGGAGUGUCGAAGGUGCAUGGAUCCACGCAAAUUUAUGCUCAUCCAGAGUCGAUCCACCUCAUCUCGCCUCGUGACCUGAGCUUCUUGAUGGUGCACGCUGACGUGCUUGCGACGCACACAGACUUGCUUUAUGAUGUGCGCGCUUUUACGGGAAUUCUAUGGGGUAUGAUGCAGCAUGCGGAUCGAGGAAUCGAGACGGUGCUGCGCGCGAUCGAGGGAAACGGUGCGGCUGUUGCAGAGAGCGCGUGGGGUGGUAACGUCGGUGGUACGCCGUCGUCGUCGCCGUCCCCGGCACCCGCGCACACAUUCGUGUACACGGCUGUGUCGAAGGUGUACUCGACUAUGUUUCCGCACCUUGUGCAGGUUUUUCGGGUAGGGACGCUGCUGCGCGCGUAUGAGAGCGCCGACGCCCGCGCUGAGGUGCGAGACACACGCCGCAUUGCACAGGUGGAUAUUGACGUGGUGGCCCGACUGGCGGGCCGCCUGAACUAUCUUUUCUUGUGUGAGGCGGGAGAGUGCUCGUCCGGGGCCCUUGGCGGUGCGGGCGCGCUGAACGUGACAGCAACCUACACGAACGUUGGCCAUCACCUCUUCCGCACCACCGAGAGCGCCCUCAGCUCUGUCUUGCUUCUCUUGUCAUCGCUGGCUGCUCGCCCUGGCAGCGAUGUGGGGCCUAUUCUUCGCUACUUCCACGAUGUGAGCGCCUGGAAGGCGAGUGCACUGGGCAUCCUCAUUACAGAGAGUUACAGCAUGGCGAUUCCGGCGGUGCUGUUUUCGCUGUUCCAGCGCAGCCGCGAAUUCGACAACGUCGAGGAGGUCGCUGCAAACCUACUUCUUCAACGGCUCGCGUUGCGCCCGCCGUAUCAGUGGCGCGCUUUCCGGUUACUGUACUUCAGCGUGCACGAUAUCGGUGCGAGCGACACGCACACAGCAGAGGAUCGGCAAGGCAGCAGUGCGUUCGGCCAGCUGCUCGUGUUCCGCCGUAUUCAGGACGCUCUUCAGUGGUGCCUCACUAUAGACGGCCGUGAUAGCGCUGAUGACCUUGCGACCGUGAAGUCACUGCGUAAGGCUGUGUCCGCGCGUGUACAGCGCGCCUGGUUCGAGCAGGGCAGUGCCGACAGGGCGGGAUCGCCGUCGCACACGAGCAGAGCCGACGCGCCGCCGCGACUCUUGUCCUACUACGAGCUGCUCGUCCUGGCAGCGCUGCAGGGGAUGCCAGAAGCAGACCUGACGAAGGAUGCGGAGUUGCUGCGGCGCGCUGCGCAGACGAACCUGUCAGCCGAGCCGGAGGUGCUCACCCCCUCCUUUCUGCGCAUGCUGCUCGCCUGCUGCUACACGGUUCCAGCGCCGACCGACCCGGCCCUCUCGCACGCGAUGCUGUCCACACCGUCCACCUUGGCUCUGUACGAGUCGCUGGCAAAGCACAUCUUCCAAAUUCCUUUGUGUGCGAGUGCGGCCGUAUCGGACGCGGUGAAUCAGCUGUUCGCCACCCCUGCUCUGCGUAUCGAGACGCUGGUGGACCUUUGUGUGUGGAGCGCCAUCCACAACACGCGCGAAGACGAGGUGGAGCUGGCAGAAGGCGUGACCGGGAAAGAAAACAGUGCAGCAGCGGCAGCAGACCCGGCGGUGGUGUCCCCAGCGCCGCACGUACGUGCCCAGGCCGGACCAGCAAAGACGGCGGGACUUCCUCUUCCACCGAUUCCAUCCGCGAGGACUGCCGAGAUAGGCACCACAGAAGCGAUGCCGCCUCUGCCACGGUCUCCCACCCCUUCUAUGGCCCUCUUCCACCUCAUGCGCCGCGAUGUGUCGCUUCUGUUCGCCGGUAACGAGGACGUGCUGCAGCACACGCCGGAGGCAGCGCGGGCGCGGGCGAAGAACUUCCCGUACGGCUUCCGCGCCGUGACGCUCAUGACGGUGCGCCUCCUCUUCGCUGCGCUGCGCACGCCGGAGUUGUAUCACCACAUCCCGCCUACCGACAUGUUGCCAGUCAUCGCGCAGCUGUUUGCCCUGCGCGCCUAUUACCCGCUGUCACCUUCCGAAACAGAGGCGAAACGUAAGGCGGCUCGCCGUGUGCUGGCCUUGAUGCAGAAUACCUUGGCGCUUCUGCCACAGGAGAUGAAGGCGGCGACAGUAAAUCAGCUUCUCUGCCGCACUCUCGUCCCCAUGAGCACGACGACGGCGCAAGCAGACCAGCUCCAGCUCGCCUUGUUCGAGGCCUAUUUGCGUUCCAUGGCGACAGCGAGCGCCGCCAACGCGGUCACGGACGAGCUCAUGCUGCAGCACUGGGUCGAUAUCGCGGUGCCGGCCAUCACAAACCGGCACAGCGUCACGCUAUCAGUUGCCGGUCACGACUUCCUCAUCGCCGCCUUCCGUGCAGAGAAAUAUGUCAGCCCGCUGUUUGUCCCGACUUACAUUGCCCUCUACGUCCCGAGUGUCGAGCUCUUCAGCACUGGCGACAGCGUCGGCCAGAGGUCUACCUACUCACCGCUGCCCGUGAGCGUCAUUCAGCAUUUCGCGCGCAUGGUGCGGGUCGCCUGCCACGGCAUCGAGCGCUGCGACUCUACGGCGCUGGCGCGGCUCUUCGAGGAGGACGCUGGUAGCGAAGGGGAAGCGACGAUGCCAGGCUCGGUGAAUGCCGCGGCGACGUACAUGGCCAGCCUGUCUCCGGAGCAGCGAGCUGCACUGCGGAAGUUGACACCGACGAAUGCCGCCCUUCUCGUCGUCUCUGCCUUGUUUGAUUGCCUUUGCCUGCUGUGGAACAACACGCCCGGGUACGUGAAGGUGGCACAGGACCUCUUCGUGGCCUACUUCUCCGGACUGUGCAACCUUUUGCAGUGCACGAGCACACCAGUCUUGCAGCGUGUAUGCGCCUCGAUCGAGGCGAUCGAGGUGGAGCAUCUGCGUGGCUCGGGUAGUGUGCAGUUCCAGUUCCUCAAGUACGUGAACUCGGUCGUCGACGCGGUCCAGGGACCGUCGAAGGUGGGCAUUGCCGAGUGGUUCCUGAAGAUGAGCAAGCGUAUCCAAGAACAAAACUACGGGAAGCACUCGAAGCUGUAG